UUCACCCCGACUCUCGUCCUCCAGUCCCUCCCUCCCCUCUUCCCUCUCCCUCCCUCCCUCCCUCCCUCUCCAGGCUGUGUGCUGGCACGGAUGAGCCACCCCGUCCAGUGCCCUGCUGAACUCGCCUGGUCUCGCCUUGUGGACACUUGUUCGGGAUGAGGGCGGCGCUCCGCAUUCCGCUGCGGGCGUCCAAUUUUGAUCCCGCAGCGGUCAUACGAUCUCCUGCCCAAGUCGCCUGGCGGCCUCUCCUUUCCCACCGCCCCAUCUCCACGACUUCCACCUCGACCCGUCCGCCUGCUGCGAUCUGUCCUUCACGUUCCCUCGCCCAGGCUGCUGCUGCCCCGUCCAUCUUCCGGGCUUCCUACGCCACCCGCACCUCUCCGUUGCUCGAGACCGCCAGAUCGGAACCGGAACACAAUGACAGGAAUCAGAACCAGUCCGGACCGGGUCAGUCGCGCCGCAGGGUCAUCAAGUAUGCCGUGAUUGGAGGUACAAUCGUUGUUGGGGCGGUGGUGUUCUCGGAUCAGGCCCAGCAUCUCUACCGUGCGGCGGCGAGAACAGGGCGGGUUGUCGGCGCAUUGGCGGUCUGUAUCAACGACUAUCGGGUCACGCUUAAGCAAGAAACCUCCACGCCGGAGGAGCGGAGCGAGGCGAUUCGAGCCUGUCACAAGCGAUGCGCGGAACGGACUCUCCGGGUUCUGGAGAAGAAUGGAUCGAUUUUCAUCAAGCUGGGACAACACCUGAGUAGCAUGGGCUAUCUGCUUCCGAUCGAAUGGACCACGACCUUCAUCCCGCUCCAGGACAAGUGCCCCGUCUCGUCGAUCGAAUCCAUCGAGCAGAUGUUCCUCGCCGACACGGGCCGUCCCAUCGACGAGCUGUUCUCGUCCUUCGACCCGGAGCCGAUCGGCGCCGCUUCCCUGGCGCAGGUGCAUAUUGGUACACUGAAGGAAACGGGCCAGAAGGUUGCCGUCAAGGUGCAGCAUCCGGCACUGGCCGAAUGGGUGCCCUUGGAUCUGGCCCUGACUCGGUUCACCUUCUCGAUGCUGAAACGCUUCUUCCCGGAAUACGACCUGGAGUGGCUGUCCCGGGAAAUGGAUCUGUCUCUGCCCCAGGAGCUGGAUUUCCGCAUGGAGGCCGAGAAUGCCAUGCGGGCCAGCGAGUACUUCAAGCAGCAUUCGGACGCGCCGCUGGUCAUCCCUGAUGUCAUGUGGGCUCAAAAACGAAUCCUCGUCAUGGAAUUCAUCUCCGGCCGCCGCCCGGACGACUUGGAAUUCCUCGACGCCAACCACAUCAACCGCGACGAAGUGUCCGCCGCCCUGGCGCACAUCUUCAACGAGAUGAUCUUCGGUGAAAACGCGCCUCUGCACUGCGACCCCCACGGCGGCAACAUCGCCAUCCGUCUGAACCCCACCCGCCGUCACCAGAACUUCGACAUCAUCCUCUACGACCACGGUCUGUACCGCGACAUCCCCACGGACCUGCGCCGCAACUACGCCCACCUCUGGCUGGCGGUCAUCGAUUCGGACAUCCCCCGCAUGCGCGAAUACGCCCGCAAGGUCGCCGGCAUUACCGAUGAACAGUUCCCGCUCUUCGCGAGCGCUAUCACGGGCCGAGAUUACCUGGUGCUCAAGAAGAAGGAUAUCGCGUCUGCGCGCACGUCCGCGGAGAGAGAUAAUAUGUCUGGCUCGCUGGCGGAGGGCAUGCUGCAGCAACUUGUGGAGUUGCUUGGGCAGGUCCCCCGGAUCAUUCUGUUGAUUCUCAAAACUAAUGACCUGACCCGCAGUCUCGACGAAAACCUACACACCCGCCAAGGCCCCAUGCGCACAUUCCUCAUCCUCGCGCGCUACGCCACCCGCACCGUCUUCGAGGAGCAGAUGGACGCCGUCCGCGAAACAGGCGGCCUGCUCCGUCCGCGCAACUUCUGGCGCUUCCUCUGCGCCUGGACCGGGUUUCUGCGCGUGGAGCUGAAGUUAUCUGUUUACGAGACGCUGUUGGCGCUGAAGAGUCGGUUUGGGUGGUUAUAGAUAGACUAUAUCUUUUCUCCCUCCUUUUUCUUCUUGGAAUACUGAUUUAUAGUUUGCUUUUCUGUUCAAGGAGUGAGUUGCCUGUCUGUCUAUGUUUGAUCUUUCUGCCUUGUUGAUUAGAAGGCAUGUGCAUGGCACAUAUGGCGUUUUUAUUAUUUUUGCUGUACUGUUAUUUCACUGUCACUGUUACUGUUCUUUAUCAUUGUGGCUUUUUCUUUCAUCUUUCUUCUUUUUCUCUUUUCUCUUUUCUCUGUUAUCUUUCCUUGUUUCUAGACUACGUUGUUGAUUUGUUGGUUUGUCUUGAAAAAGCUGUAUACUUAUUAUUAUAGAGAGGAGAGAAUACAUAGGAUCAGAUUCAGAUAUCAGAUAUCAG